AUGAAAGUCCUGUUCAUCUCAUGCGACGGCCAAGGGCAGGCCCGGAAGACUACAUCUGACGAGGGAGUGACCCGGUGCCAACAUGCCGCCCGCGAAUAUCACAAGAAGGCAAAAUUGCGCAGAGCGAGGAACAAAGGCCAGCCCGCGCAUGAGAGUCGCAGGCGAAUAAAGUCAGUUGUGACUGCGACAGAUGAGCCAGCCGUGCCGGAGCUGAAGUUCGAGCAACAGUCUCCUAUCCAGAUCCUUUUGGGAGCAAGUCGAUCCGACCCCUUCAACACCAUCGGCGACGCCGGCGUUCCACUCUACGUGCAUGAAAUGUUGGAUCAUGCCAUCUCAUAUCACUGGUCGGAAUUGUGUCUGUCCGACGGUGGAGGGCGUAACGCCGCUAGAGCCGAAAUGAUGCAGUCUGUCAUGCACUCUCCCACGGCUUGGUACACGAUCAUCUAUGCUGGCGCGACUCACAAUGCAUACCAGUAUGGAGGCCGCGGGACGACGAAGCAGAACGAGCAGCUCAGGCUUGUGUAUAAGACGAAAGCCAUCAGGUCGCUUCUGGAGUAUAUUGAAGAAAACGGCGACAGUGUGUCUGAGGAAGCUCUCCUGAGCAUGAUAACCUUGGCAUCUCACGGCACCGGCGAGAGCCUUAAGGGCUAUGAUUCGUAUAAGCGGCAGAAUCUACCCUUCUUGUCCCAUCUACACGAUGUCGAAUACUACGCAAGCAUGGAUAUCGGCAUGGAACAUCUGACUGCCGUCUACGCUAUCGUAGACCAACGAGGCGGGCUUCGCACGUUGCGACGGAAGAGUCUGGCCAUUAUUAUCCAAAUCUGCGACAUUCUAACAGCUUGGCGGGGUUUACAGCGUCCUCACUUCACUCUCCUCGCGCCGACAAAGUGCCACAUCAAUAAGAGGAGCCAUCAACCGGACGUUGAUGCACAAGACAUGCUUGCAACUCGGGCAACAGGCUUUCGCACCUUGAUCAGUAAUGGGUGCGUCAGUCUUCAUGAUAUUAUAGAGGUGGCCGAUAACACGAGCAUCUUCUCGGCGGACUUUGAUCAAUUGCUGCGUUCCUAUGAUCUCCCGAAAGAGCAACAACCUCUGCAUACCCCCAACAUCGCGCUGGUCAGAUAUAUGCGCUGGUGCGUGCUCCAUGAUAUCCUAACGCUGCCCGAGCACGGCAUCGACGACGAAAGUCUGCCCGAGCAGGUCAUCUACGAGAUCUGUCGACACAUCAUGUUCGCAUAUGCAGUGUUCGUCGUGGUGCCCAUGCCGCCAAGGACCAAACUACAUGCAAAAAUCGCUGAACGACUGGGAUCUAUCCUGACCAGGGCGAUCAAGGUGGGCGCUCAUGACCAACAGCCGGACCUGUUCCACUGUGCGGUCGCAUGGGGCUGGAUGUGUUCAGGAAAGGCGGUCGGAUAUCGCAAGCGCGACAAGCUACUGGGAAGCUUCGCCACGUUGCUGGAGUUUACAACGGUCCCGCGGAACCCUGAAUCAUGGCCGAUUAUCGAGGAGAUCAUGAAGUCCUUCUUAUGGAUGGAGGUUUAUUGUGAGGAGCCAGGGCGGAAGUUUUGGGCGAGUGCUUGUGCGCAGGCGGAGGAGGACUUCAAGGGGGGAGAAACUCCUUGA